CCUGUGGUAACAACAGUUGGCCAGCCACUAAAACGAUGUAGCUCGUUCCUUUACAAGAUAUUCCCGUAUAAUGUAGUCGGUUAGCAGUGAGGUGUUUCUUCUUAUUACGACUGUCAGAUUCUAUCCAAUCUAAAAACGACAACUAUUUUCAGCAACUAAUCUUGCUGCUGUUACAACCGUCUAUUGUCAGACCGGUUUCUCCAUAUUAUAUUAUAUUAUAUUAUAUUAUUUGUAUGUAACUCGGUCCGCAAUCUCUUUCCUACUGUUUUUGUGCGCACCACCAGACUUCUACUACUUCUCACACACUCCCAGAUAUUUCCCCUCCCUCCAAAUAGGGAGUCAUGGGAAGAGCUUAUUGGCUCCACUUAGUGUUGUUGGACUCAUCUUUGGUUCACCUGCUGCUGCUGCUGCUGCUGUUGUUGUUAGUAUUCACUAGGACUGUAACACCGUACUCCACCCCUGCUAUCUCUAGCCAUGUCUGAAGAGUGUAUUUGAAAAUCAUUCUGUGCCUGGUGACCGGCAGGUAGGCAGGUGAUGGUGCCUCUUAGUUCCAGAUGUUGACCACGGUGCCGAGUGAGAGGAUGGAGGAUUCCAGUGGUGGUAACGAAGCAAAUAGCGGGAUUAAAUACCCACCUCCCGCCGCGGUAUCCUCCAGCAGUGCUCGGCCAUAUCGUUGUGAACUGUGCCAGCGCUCGUUCCGCGAGGUGGCAACACUGCGAAAGCAUGAACAGCUCCAUCGUGCGGAUCGCCCGUACGUUUGCCAAACAUGUGGAAAGUCGUUCCUGUGGUCAUCUAAUCUCAAGGUGCACGAGAGGGUGCAUACAGGUGAGAGACCUUACAAAUGUAAGAUUUGUCACAGAUGCUUUACACAGAGCAACGAUCUACGCCGUCACGAGCGUAACGUACACAUGCGGGGUAAACUGUACGGAUACCGUAAUCCAGCACGACCAACUCCCCAGGUCAACUUGGCUGCCUACCAGGCUUUUGCCAUGCAACAGAGAGCUUUGCUGCAACAAGCAUUGACUUAUGAGACUCUUAUGCACAACACAACGACAACAACCUCAGGACCAGCAGUUCCAUCAAAUUUAACACUCCAUGAUCAGUCACAGCAACAAGCUGGACUGCUACAAGGUAAGCCACCGCCUCAACAACUUGAAAGGUCAUCACAGCAACCGCACCAAAGAGAUAUGCAAAAUGAACAGCAACAGCACCUUCAGGCUAUUUCUUCUCUGAGUUCAAUUAAACUGGAACAAGUGACUCCACCAACGACACCAUCUGAAAUGGAAGACCAGCAACAUGGGGUUCACAAAAGCAUGGCCACUAGUAGCGGCAAUUGUCAUACUGCAGAAACAACGACUUAUGUUCAUACGAGUACACCUCCAAGCUUGUACACAAUUGCCAUGCCAUCACGUAGCGUUAUCCAUUCUCCACCAUCAUUGACUUCGGUGGCUGAUAUGAGCUCUUCAGAACUUCUAAGAACAUCAUCAGCAGAGAGUCAGAAAGAUAAAGAAAAGCAAUACCCCUCUACCUCAUCUGCAUCACAAAUCCUAUCGCCCUCAAACACUCCAUUAACAGAUCUACCUCAGUCUGCCCAGAUGGCACCACCUUUGUCAACUUUGACCCGUACAUCUGAGGACAGCGUUAUGGACUUGAGCAUGAACAAGUCUACUGCAACUGUUUCAACUGCAAGCAUGGUAUGCGAAACGGCUACAUCCGAGCAUUAUCGAUGGAAGAGAGGUAGCUUUAUCCAAACGUCUAAAACUCCAAGCUUAGAUUCAGAAUCUGAGGAAAAACGUGAUGUGACAACUACCUCAGCUACCCCAACUACGGAUGUUGGCUUCCAUCAGUGUUUCCACUGCGGGAUUUACUUUCAUGACUACACAAUGUUCCACCUCCAUCAGAGCCUGCACUCACCGAUUGACGAAGAUCCGUUUCGAUGUCCGUCCUGUAACAAGCACUGCCAAGACCGAAUUGAGUUCACGUUCCACAUUGUUUGGCAUGUCAAGUACCCUCACACUAUACCAAAUUAUCAACCUUUCAAGGAAAGCUACCUGUGUUGACUAUAUGAUCACAGAAGCCCUCUAUUCUCUCAGGUGACCUACUACCUCAGUAAUGGCUGAUUCCUGGAGGAGUUGUCAGAACAUUCUCAGUGGCGACAUCACAUGAGCACUGAUUAGCAGCUGUUGAUUAGUGCCCAUAGGCAGGUUUUUAUUAUUGCCGUCACUAAUGGACUUUUAAGCAUCUUGUUAAUCAGGUUAUUCUUUGCCAUUGAUGUGCAAUGUUUAUAUAUUUGUUCUUAUUUUUUUUUUAUGUGUAUUUUAAUUUAUUAACUUAUUUUUUAUUGUCCCCCCACCCCCAUUUCUCUCUGAAUUAAUUAUACCCAUGAUGGGUUUCAUAUCAAACAAAGAAAAAUUAUUAAAUAGUAUUUCAGUGAGUUAAUUUGCUAUUUGUGUGGGUCAAAAUGAUGAAAUCUAAAUAAUAAAUGACAAUAAAAUUGUCGUUUAUCCCAACACACACUGGCUGAUCCAUAUACGUAAAUAAAUAAUUGAAACACUUCUGUAGAAACAUUAGAUCUUGAGCUAAUAGGAGAUGGCCGACACAGUAGAGCGCCGGACUAAAUGCCUCACAGCAUUUAGUUUCGUCCCUCUCCUUUCCAUGUUUACAACACAUCAAGUCAACUUGGCCUUUCGUGCUAGCUAGCGAAGGCUGAUGAAGUGAGUACUGGUGUUAUAAUAGGCUCGAUUAUACUGUACUUCUUCCCCCCCCCCCACCAUCCCCAACAAAAAAAUGAUGGCUCUGUGCCUAAUCAAAGGAAAUCAAUAUUCAGCCAAAAUUUUCAAUAUCAACUAAUAUUGAGUUUUUCCCCCCACCCCCCACCCCACCCCUCUAUUUCCUAUCAUUCUGACAUCUCAC